AUGGCGGGCAAGACGAGGAACCGGCUGAGUACUAGCCCUGUGAAAGCUUUCCGUUAUGAAGACGCUUCGAAUGGCGAGUUGCCAACGCUUGUCGGGUCAAUCAAGGCUCCUGGGUUACCGGCUAUUAAGAGCACUUUGAAGGAACCCAGAGAGACUUCGCCGGUAUCGCCGACCGCCAUAGACGGCUCGACGUCGAACGGUAGCCUGCGCAGUUCGAAUUCGAAAAUUGCUAGUUUGCGAGCUGCCUUCGAGCGGAAUGCGAGUCCAAAUCGAAAGCGCUUCUCCGUCAGCACCCAUGGCGGUAAUGACAAGCGCCCAGACCACAGCGUCAAAGUCAGCUCAGAACGGAACAGCAAAAUCAGCUCAGAGCAGAACGGCAAGGUCACGCCGGAACACAACGCAGAGCACGAGAAGGAAAUUGCCCGCUUGCGGGAGGAACUGCAGCAGGAGAAGGAGCUGCGCCGGGUGUGGGAGGAGCGAUGCGCCUUGCUCGAGCAGUACGAGGCGAAGUGUGAUAUGCUCGAGCAAGAAGUCGAGAUGAUGCAGGAGCGCAUGAUCAUGCAAGCCAACGGCAUGCUCAAAGAAGAUCACUCACCGGCCUCACGGCGCAUGUCCGUCGACGUGAGUGGAGGCGUUGCGAAACGGUACUCGGAUGAAGUCGUCCUGCUUCAACGUCAACUGGCAGAUCUCAAGCAGACCAUUGCCAUGUCCACGCGAAUGGAAGGCCAAGUGACCGACUCUGUCUUCGCGCAGGAAAUGAGCGUGCUGCACCACGAACUCCAGAAUUGGAUCGUGAACAACUUCCGACGCGCCAGGACGGACAUUGGCACGGAACAGUUGUGCGCGAAGCUUGACCAUUGCGCCGAAAAGGCCAAAUUGCGCCACCUGCGACCAAUGUUCGAGACGUUCACGCCGUCGGCCAAGCUCGCUAUCUACCAAGCAACGGCCGUGUGCUUGUUGAUGGAGAUCUUUGACAACGUCUCAUUGUACGGUCUGCCGGAGAAUCUGCCGUGGCGCCGACCGCUGCGCGAAGCCGUCGACGCGAUCGAGAAUGUACUGACGCCGAUGGCGCACAACCGCCUUCGCGCAACGACACUCGAUGUCAUUCGACAGAGCGAAGACAUGGCAAGCUACACAGCGCCGGCGGUCAAGAUCAUGGCGGAGCGCAUCUGCGGCACCCUCACCGAGCUGACGGACAUUGAACAGACGGAGGCGAGACUGUACGGUCUGAUGAACAUUGUCAAGCGUGCUAUCGAGCUGCAGCACAUGUUCCGCGUGCAGCGGGCAAGGUUCCAAUUCGACUUGCCAUCGCCUGGCGAAGACUUCCACCACCAGGUCAUGGAGAACAUCGCGGUUGACGUCGAGGCACCGCCUGGCAUCGAACCGAUCAUACGUUGCGCGACCUUCCCAUCCGUCAUCAAGGUCGGCGAUGAGUAUGGCGACAACAUGCACUUCACUAACGUCAUCAUCAAAGCGAAGAUCCUGUGCUGCUAA